CCCCCGUCCCACGUGACCGCGGUGCCUCACGGAGCUGCCGCCAUGUCGCGGGCGGCGCGCUCGGCGCGCUCGGUCCGGGCCGCGACCGGGUCCGGCGCGGCGGCCCCGAGGCCCGUCCGGAUCCUCAUCCCGGCCGGGGGCGCCGCGCCGGGGCCGCCGCUGGGGCCGGUGCUGGGGCAGCGCGGGGUCUCCAUCGCCGCCUUCUGCAAAGACUUCAACGAGCGCACCCGGGACAUCAAGCCCGGGGUCCCGCUGAGGGUCCGGCUGCUCGUGCAUCCUGACCGGACCUACUCGCUGACCAUCGGGACCCCCCCCACCUCCUACUUCCUCAAGGCCGUGGCCGGAGUGGAAAAAGGAUCCUCCAGACCUGGCCACGAGCCGGCCGGGGUGGUGUCCCUGGCGCAGCUCUUCGAGGUGGCCGUGGCCAAGCAGAAGGACCCGGCCGUGACCACCCGGGGGACGCCCCUGCCCGCCCUGGUGGGGUCCCUGGUGGGCUCUGCCCGCAGCCUCGGCCUGCACGUGGUGCCCAGGCUGACCCCCCAGGCCGUGGCCGAGGUCCAGCGCCGGCGCCGGGAGCUCGAAGCGGCCGCGGCGGCGCCGGAGGGGCAGGAGGAGAGCGAGGGGGGGGGCCCGGAAGAAAUGAGCCCAAAACACCCCAAAAACGGCCAAAAACAGCCAAAAAUGGCCAAAAAAAACCCCCCGAAGCUCGAGGAGCCCGCGGCCCCAAAUAAAGAAAAUAAAGAGCUUUAUUUAAAAAUAAAGAGCUCCUCCCACAGACCCGCCUUGGUUGGGGUUUGA